AUGGCUCGCGUGCACGCUACCAAUGACUACGGCACUGCUGCCGCCCCACGCUCAAACAAGCUCCACCGUCCUCUGAUCCUCGCAAACCAUUUCUUGCACUGGAGCUCUUCCGUGAUAGUGAUGUCUAUCUCCGCCUACUUCGUCGCAAAGUUUAGUCACAACACGCACUUGAUAUAUUGGCUCACGAUCGCUGCCAUCGACACAUUGCUCUACCUCCCGGCCCUCUUCUUGCCCGCCAUGAGGUCCUACAAGGGAUACUUCGCUCCAGCGGCUUGGGUAUUCUCCUACCUCUGGCUGACGGCCUACAUCUUCGCAGCACAAGACUACAAUUUCGGUAGAUGUGCAUACCUCUCGCCUGCCUUUGUCAACAAGUGCAGCAUGAAGCAAACGAUUCAAGCAUUUACUUUUAUUGCCUUCUUCACCAACCUCGUCGGCCAGAUCCUCGAGGGCCGUCUCUGGGAUCGCCAACGCUUCAAGGGCACCCAUGCGCUCGAUGCUGACAAGACCCAUGCUACGGCUCCUGCGACGGCUACUACCACUACCACAGCACCCACCACGGCCGUUUGA